AUGCUUGAUUAUGUUCUAGAAGUGACCGACGGCAUCAGUCAUGCAUGGAAAAUUGUUGACAAUAAUAUCAAAGAAAGCUCAGAGACAGAAAAGAUGAAUAUGAAGAACAAAUGUGGAAGCAAAAAAGGAAAAAUAUGUAGAAUGAACGAUGGUAUUGCCAUUGUUAUGGGUUUAUGA